CCCUUUUUAGGGUUAAAAUUGUUUUGCUUUGUUUUCUGUAGACAGACGGUUGUAGGGCCUACACUACCGUUACAACACGAUGGAGCACAGAGCAGUAAAGCGACAAAAGAAGAGGCACCCUGAGACGAGGAGCCUAGCUGAUUCCGCUCACGCGAAAGAGUCUACGUAUCUGCUGGCACAACCGGGUAUUUUCUACACCAGGCCAAAGUACGGUUGUAUGGUAGUGGUCAAUUUAAAUGACAAGACCGAGACCGGUAAGACAGGCGUUUUUAACGCCAUACAAGCCGUUCAGCAAAAGUGCGACCUGUUGCAAGGACGAAACGGUUAUGUCGUCUCUUUUGACCCAGCCUUGUGGAAAACAUGGAGCCCGAAUGACGACAUCGAAGACCGACCACAAGGCAAUUAUAUGUUGUCUUCAUCCCGAAAGUUUGUCAACACAGGAGGCGAUGUUUCCUUCUUUCUGAAGUCUGACACCGAAGACGUCGUACCAAAGCUUUUCCAAGAAGUAGAAAACAACCUCCAUGGUCUGGCUUCGCUUGAUGUCACCCACACCCGGGUUUACAAUGAUCGUGCCAUUAACGGGAAGUUUCGAGACGGCGUUGCCAAUCCAGUCGACAAGACUACCGUCGAACGUUUCAUCCUGACUCCACAGACGACCACUCCAAGAUCCGGGGGUGGUAGUUACUUCUACACGCAAAAGUUUCGGAUGAACUUCAGCAUAUUUGACGAAAUGACCAUCCGCCAGCAAGAGAACGUCAUCGGCAGAAAGGUUACAGAUGAAAUCGUCAUCGGGGCCGAUUCAAGAAGUCACAUCCGUCGAGCGCGUCUGGCUGAGGCUAGUAUUCAUUUGAAGAUUCUUCGGGGGAGCAUGCCCUACGGACGUGAUGAUACAGGCCAGGAAAUGGGUCAGGAAGGAAUCUACUUCAAUGCUUUCGCUGAUCACUUUCAGCUGUUUCUCGAUCUUAUGCAAAGCCUUGUAGGAGACGACCCCGAUUUCACACAAGACAAACUCAUUUCAAUGACUCAAGGCAUCGAGGGAAGUUUCUGGUAUACACCAAGUUUGUAUCAGCUCGGCUUUACCGACGAACCGGACGUAGGCCAGGCCCCGACCCUUGACUUCCUGCCUUUGUGGGACGUGAGAAGCACCAACGACUACAUGUUUUACAACUGGCGCGAAUAUCUCCACCGUAUGAGCUUUGGUUUGUAUGCUCCCGGAGAUCCACCGACACAUCGUGUUAUCAAGCUCCUGUCCGUGAUUUUCUCCGAGUGGAGUGACCAGUGGUAUGAAAAACCACACACUGCCCGCAUUCCCCAUCUGAGCAACUAUUUGACGGCAGCAGAAAAGCCAUAUCUGGAGGAAUCCGCGGCCAUUCGCAAAGGCAUGGCGAUCAAGAAGACGCUGGGCACUUUGAUACCGAAAACAGACUAUGGCACAAAAACGACCUCUUCCGCAUACACCCGAAUGAGCUGAUUGUCGGUGUCAUGCCCAGAUUCUCUCUUGGUGUCGGCAAGUAUGUCAUGCCCUACUCUCGUGAAGAAGAAGAGUUUCCUUGGUUUAUGAAGGGUCUUAAUGAGGGCGGUGCCAUGGGUCACAUUGUUCCCGACCACGGAAUCGUGUUGGCCGUCGGCCUCGGCGUUUUAAAGAACCAACACCAAAUGUUAUACGCCAGAGCCCCCCGUGAACAAAAGGAUUUCUACCAGUCGGUCAUCCUGGCGCUGGAGGGAGUUCAAGAGUACAUUGAGAGCUUUGCGAACCUGGCUGAGCAAUUGGCACAAAAGGAGGAAUAUACGGCUGAAGAAAAACAAAAUCUCCGACGCAUCAACGCAAGACUGCUGAAACUGAAGACCGGCGCCCCCAGCAAUAUGCUGGAGGCCGUGCAGCUUCUGUUCUUGAUGCACUGUUCUAUGCAUCUGAUUGGCAACCCGGUUGCUAUUGGCCGACUAGACGUCCUGCUGAGUCCGUUCUACGACGAAACGACAACGCCUGAAGCUGAAGCGCAAGAGAUCUUGGACUGCCUGUGGAUAAAACUGAGUGAACGUGUCGUCAUUAACCGCCACUUUACACCAGACUUGCAUGAUCGAGGUUCCACAUCGGUGAUGUACGCUGCAACAGGUAACUUUGGUCAAGGAAGCGCCGUCAACCAGUGGGUCCAACAGAUCACCGUUGGCGGGUACCAAGCAAAUGAUGACGUCACUCCAACGACGGCCUGUAACAAACUUACUCUGCUGUGUCUGAAAUCGUCUCGCAGGAUUCCUACUAACGCCCCAUGCUUGAGUCUCAGGCUACACAAGAACAUGCCAGAGAAUAUACUGCAGGAAGCCACAAGGGCGCUUCUUAGCGGUGGUGCACAUCCGAUCCUCAUGCAUGAUGAUAGACUUGUACCGAGUCUGAUGAAUAGUGGCUCUCCUGAUGUACCCGUUAGCCUUGCGGCAGCUCGUAACUACGCAUGUGACGGAUGCUACGAGCCAAUGAUUGCGGGCGAGACCGAGUUUGCGUUUGGCAUCAUCAUUCUGCUGAACAUUCUGGAAAUGACUCUAAACGAGGGAACGCUUUAUGCCGACUCGGGGUCGGUAUAUCUUCGAGGCCUCAAAGUCUCCUAUCCAUCGCCACACUCCAGCCAAAUCAAGACGUUCGACCAGCUGAAAGAAAUCUUCCUAAAACACCUGCGAAUUCAAACUGCUCAGUUUUACAUCACGAUUCUCUCCAACUAUGGAAACCUCUGGGACAUCUGCCCUUCGCCACUUCUGUCCUCCCUCAUCCACGGCUGCAAAGAAAGCGGUCGUGAUCUUUCCAAUGGGGGAUCCAACUACCACGCAUUGGCUAUGAUGUACGUCAGUGCGUCUAACACCAUCGAUUCACUGUAUGC